UCCACUUUUCACCGAGCACGACAUGGAAAGAAAGUGAGAGGUUUUCUUUUAAGUCUUCUCGCAGUUUCCCUUCGAAAGCACAGCGGUUGACUGGGAUCGCCAAAGACUGUAACAGAGGCGAACAGACGUGUUCUGUGUCAGGAUCGUGGGGAAAUUUUUAGAGGAAACUAGGCAUUCCCGAGCGGAGGUGGUCUGUUGGUUCGCACAGGGAAAAAGAAGGGGAAACAGAGACGGCUCUUGUUGGGCGGAUUUUAAUGAAAUACAGCAGCUGUCGUACAGACGCCUGCCACCCCUACCUACCCCGAGUUAGAUGCGUUUGACUUCAAGAUGCGGAGCGACCCCAUACUCUUCGCCUCGAGGGCAAUGGAGGAGUUGUUGGCAGAGUUGCGGGUCUUUCUGGAGCUGUUGGACAGAGAGUAUUUAACCGCAGGUGUGAGGGAGAAGAAACAGCGAAUUUUAAACAUCCUACACAAAGUUCUUGCCACUAAAGAACCCUCCUGUAAGACAGAGAUUCACACCUCUCUCCCGGCCCCUCCUCAGAUGCCUCUGCCAGAAAUUCCUCACCCCUGGAUGCCUCCAGACAAUGGGCCUCCUCCUUUGCCGAGCUCCUCUCUUCCUGAAGGUUAUUAUGAGGAAGCUGUACCGCUGAGCCCUGGGAAAGCCCCAGAGUACAUCACCUCAAAUUAUGACUCUGAUGCCAUGAGCAGUUCGUAUGAGUCGUAUGAUGAAGAAGAGGAGGAUGGGAAGGGACAGAAGAUGCAUCACCAGUGGCCUUCUGAGGAGGCAUCCAUGGACCUGGUGAAGGAUGCACGAAUCUGUGCCUUCUUGUUACGAAAGAAACGAUUUGGACAGUGGACCAAACUGCUCUGUGUCAUAAAGGAAAACAAACUGUUGUGCUAUAAGUCCUCUAAAGACCAGACUCCGCAGAUGGAGCUCCUCCUGUCUGGUUGCAGUAUUACUCACAUUCCCAAAGAUGGCAAGAAAAAAAAGCAUGAACUGAAGAUUGUCCAUCAGGGUGCUGAUGCUCUGGUGCUGGCUGUCCAGAGCAAAGAACAGGCUGAAGAGUGGCUUAAGGUGAUGAGGGAAGUCUGUUGUAAUGGAAACGGAGCAGUGGACUGUGACAGAGCAGGAUCUGGAUCCCCUGUUCACAAAUCAGAGCUGGAAAAGAAGCUGUCCUUUGAUAGACCCAGUUCAGAUGGAGAGCCCUGCCAUGAAAACGGCUUCUCAGAUGGCAAAGAUCCAGCCAAAGGCAAGAAAAACUCUAAAUCAGAGCAGAAAGGCACAGUGGGACGGGUGACAGGGAAGAAAAUCACUAAAAUCAUCAGUCUGGGAAAGAAGAAGCCAUCUACUGAUGAACAGACCUCAUCGGCGGAGGAGGAUGUCCCAACAUGUGGCUAUCUGAAUGUGCUGUCCAAUAACCGCUGGAGAGAGCGCUGGUGCCAGCUGAAAGACAACCAGCUGUUGCUGCACAAGGACCGGGCAGAUCUGAAGACGCACAUUGCCUCUCUGCCGCUGCGGGGGUGUGAGGUUAUUCCAGGGCUGGACUCCAAACAUCCUUUCGCCUUCCGUCUGCUGCGCAACGGACAGGAGGUGGCUGUUCUAGAGGCAUCCUCCUCUGAGAGUAUGGGGAGAUGGUUGGGGGUCUUGCUGGCAGAAACAGGCUCCACAACAGAUCCUGCUGCAUUGCACUAUGAUUACAUUGACGUGGAGACCACUGCUAAUGUCAUUCAGCUGGCCAAGCAGUCAUUUUGUUUCACCAUUAAGCGUGCAGUUUCUCCAAACCCAUACCUGGAUAACCCGGUCAAUGGUUACGCAUGCCCCACAGGGGUUGCUCUGCAUUAUGAUGAUGUACCCUGCAUCAAUGGAACGGCACCAGAUGUGCAGUACUCCUCCCCAGCCUCAGGAGGUCACCGUUGGAAAGAGGAGAAUCACAAUGAGAAUACAGAUCUUUACGAAAACUUGCCUUCCUCCAAACUAGUAGCCCGCUACUCUCUCAAGUCAAGCCUGUCUUCCACUGGGCAUUACAACACACCGAUCUGCACCAAAUCUCUCUCCUCUUGCUCUUCUUCUUCAACUGCUAAUACUAACACUACUCAGCUGAAGGGAAAGAAAGCCCUGACCACCAAUGGGAUCACUGCGAAGCAGAAGCUGGACAAGAGCCAGCCCAAAAAGGCCAAUGGAACAAGCGGCACUCUGCUAGUGAAACGAAAUAAUUCUAGUGUGGAUCAGUAUAAGUACGGGAAAAACAGAGUGGAGGCAGAUGCAAAGAAACUCCAAUUGAAAGAGGAGGAGUUGAUGAAGAGGAAGCAGGAAAUUCGAAACCGCCUGAUCCAGUUGAAAAAAGACAGGAAGGACCUGCGUACUGCUAUAGAGAACAACACAGGUAAGCGUUCUCAGGCAUCUCUGACAGAGAGACUGAAGAAAGUGGAGGAAGAAUGUAAACUGAAAGAGGAAGAGCGAGUGAAUCUGGAGCUGGAGAUGACAGAGGUGAAGGAAAGUCUGAAGAAAGCCCUGAAUGGAGGCGUCUCUCUGGGCUUGACCAUUGAACCCAAAACGGGCAGCUCCAGCCCACAGUCUCCAGUGUUAAUGAGGCGAACGGUGGACAACUCACCUAUCUCCAGCUGUGACACCAGCGACACCGAGACCUGCUCUCUGCCAGUCAACAGCGCCUCUCUGCUGCGCCGACAGACGCAACAGAAAGCCUCACCUGUGCGAGGACACGUCCUCAGGAAAGCCAAGGAAUGGGAGAUGAAGUCUGGCACAUAAAUUCCUUUCCACCAUCCUUUCACUUUCAUUGAAUCUAUUUAUUUAAUUUUAUCCUCAUCGGAGUUGAGUUGAAAUUUAAUUGACUGAACCAUAGGCCUACUAUUUUCCAGAAUUGAAAUCAAUUUUGUAAGACUUUGACUGAGUAACCUGCUAUUUUACCAUUGUCAUCCAAGCAUUAUCAUUGGACCAUGAUUUAAACCACAGAUAUUAAUUUGUGCAUUUACAUAUACUGUAUUUCUUUCACCCAAAACUACGUACAGCUGGGGGAAAAUGCUAGCAAUUUGUCAUAUAAAAGCCAAUAAUAUUUAUAUUAUUAUUUAGUUAAAAAUGGACCCUUUUCACAGACUGUGAUGGACAUUUCUGCAUUAUUUAGCAGUGUAAAUAUAGCAAACUUGUUACAUUUUAUAAUUAUUUUCUUAUUUUCUGUAAAUUUAGAACAUUCUUGUUUGUGUUGUAUUAAUUCGGCAUAAAAAAACUAGUUGAAACUGCUGCAGUAUGGUUUCAAGUACAUCUGCUGUUUCAAAUAUUGCUUCUGAAUGUCAUGAUAAAAAAAAAAUGUUUUGUUAGAAAUGCAAAAAUAAUAUUUACUGUGGAGUCUCCUUUACCACUACAGAAGUGUAACCUGCUAUAGUUUACUUACACAUUCCAGUCCCGGAAAUGUGAAAGGGGUUCAUACCAAAUUUCAUUAGUAACCCGGAAUAGUACACAGCUAGAGCAAAAUUAAAAUACAGAACAAAAGAGAAAAAUACAAAUUUGUUAACUAAACAGAUCCUGUCUUAAACAUGGUCCUUAACUACAAUGUAAAGGUGCACCUCGUAAGAUGUGUGGGAAGCUCCCUGGUCUCAGUCUGUAAUUACUUGUGUCUAUAAAAGUCUGUUUCUUUCUCCAACAAGAAGCCAUCAAUGUAAGACGAAAAUCUCCAUAUAUUUAUUUGUAAAUGUUUAAGUAAAUAUAGGCCUCUUUGUGUUUGUCUGUUUUGAUAUUUAGCAAUGGCUUUCAUUUGGCUUCAUGCUAGUCAUAGAGAGCAGCUUCUAUUGGGAACGGGAUAAAUGUCAUUUAGUAUAUGUAAACUACAGAAAAUUAUCAUUCCAAGUUUGUUCUGUAGAAUAAGUGCAAUCUGUAUGAAAGUAUUUCACCAGCCUUGUCUCCUUUUUGGUGUCUGGCCCAUUAUUUUUGACUGGAUAGGUUGCUAUGGCAACAGCAGCCCAUGGGGAACAAGGCAGCUCAGGCCAGGGUGUGGCCUUCGGUUGGCUGACUGCUCUGGAAACUGGGCCUGAAAAUUCUGCUAUGCUUUCCUUUAAUGCUCCAACGAACACACACUGCAAUCCUGUGUUCAUGUUUUUGAAUAUGUACAACAUCACCAGAACACUGCGAUGCAUCAAUACACUGACAGUUAUAGUACUGUGUGGUAACAGAAAGAAAAAUACACAUGUGAAAUGUCAUGUGUCAAGUCAUUUUAAAGGUUCAAAUUCAAUAGCUUUGCAUGUGCAGGUAAAAGCACUAAGUAAUCUGUUUACUUAAAAGUAAUGUUUGGUUGAACAAAUGUUUGACAGAGAUCUUUUAAAAGUCAGAAUAUUUCUUAAAGAGUUCAGGCUCUAAUAUAAGUUGUUGUUUUUUGGUAGAAACCUGCCCAUACCACUGUGACCACUUCAAGUCCAUCCACCUGACCUCAAUGGUGCUUUUAAGCAAUGCUUAAACGGUUCACUCCUAAUUCAGCAAGAUUAGGGAGUUUUGGUGCUUAAUUUAGACAUGAGGGUGAUUAGACUUUCAUAUUCAAGGCACAUUUAUAAAUGCUUGUUUAUCGUGCAGUGAAGCUUGGCUUUUGAUUUAAGGCUUCACAUUUUCAAGCUAUGUUGCCAACAGGCUUCGGUCAUUUUUCAGAAACACGUGUAAAUAUAAUUCCUUUUUCUACUCAGGCCCAUAGAUUUUCAGAGUUUAUCUUUGUCCAGUCAUUUUGUAAAAGUCAGCAUUGGGUGAAACUUUGGUAUCAGUAGGUUUUUGUUGUUUUUUCUCACAAAGAAAAGUGUCUUUCGGAAUUAAGUAAUGUCUCUUGCUCUUAAAGGAUUAGUUCACCCAAAAAAGUAAAAUGAUCUCAUCAUUUAUUUACCCUCAUGCAUCCCAAAUGUGUUUCUUUCUGCUGAACACAAACAAAUAUUUUUAGAAGUUAUGUUGGUCCUCACAAUGAAAGUGAAUUGGUACCAAAAUAUUUAUGCUCCAAAAAACCCCAUAAAGACAGCAUAAAAGUAAUCCAUAAGACACCAGUGGUUAGAUUAAGAUCUUCAGAAGGAUAGGUAUGGGUGAGAAACAGAUCAAUGUUUUAAGUCCUUUUUUACUAUCAAUCUCCUCUUUCACAUUCUUGUUUUUGGUAAUUCACAUUCUUAUCAAGUUUGUUUGUUUUUAACUUCUGAGAAAGUAAAAUCUUCUAGGUUGAGGCAAUUUCCUUUAUCACUGAAAUAAAGGUCAAAUGUGGAAUGUGAACAAUUUUGCUUCAAGUGUCAAAUUGCUUUGAGGGAGGGAGAAGGUGGAAGCGAAGAGGUUUCAACACCAUUGUAUGUUUUGCACCUUAUACAUUUUAUUUUGCUGAUGACUGUUGUCAACUUGGCAACAAAUGGAUUGUACAUAGAAAUUAUUAA